UUCACUGACCGUGGGUCAAAACUCCGUCUGCUCUGAGCUGUGGAUUCACUUGGUCCAGUCCAGAUGGAGGGAUCGGUUCUGGCCGAUGGUGUCGGACCAGUUCGUCUCCUGCAGGUCCUGAAGUCUUCAGCCUCACAGUUGAACCCUCCUGCGUUCUACCACGGUGAUGGGGACGGGAACAGCGUGGCGUCCUGUGGUUCUGAGGUUCUGUCCCGCUACGGUACACUGGAUGCACCGCCACACCAUGACUUCUACACCAACACAGAGGUGUGGGGGCGCCGUAGACGCUUCAGACCGUCUCUGUACGAGCUGUACACCAACCCUGAGAAUAACGGUCAACCUCCAGUGUAUGAGGAGACGAUGGGGGAGGACAGGGGGGGAGACAACAGUUCUGAUGACUGUGACGACGAGCCCAAGGAGGCGCCAACAGAGCCGACGAGGUUCGGCUGGGUCCAGGGUGUCAUGAUCCGCUGCAUGCUGAACAUCUGGGGUGUGAUUUUGUACCUGAGGCUUCCAUGGAUCACAGCUCAGGCUGGGAUUGGUCUGACCUGGGUCAUCAUACUCCUGUCAUCCUUCAUCACUGGAAUCACUGGUCUGUCCACAUCUGCCAUCGCAACCAACGGGAAAGUCAAAGGAGGCGGGACCUACUUCCUGAUCAGUCGGAGUCUGGGUCCAGAACUGGGCGGUUCCAUUGGACUGAUCUUUGCCUUUGCCAAUGCCGUGGCUGUGGCCAUGCACACAGUCGGCUUCGCUGAGACGGUCACCGACCUGAUGAGUGAGAGCGGCGCCGUCAUGGUGGACCGCACCAACGACAUCCGCAUCAUCGGAGUCAUCACUGUCACCUGUCUGCUGGGAAUCUCCAUGGCAGGAAUGGCCUGGGAAUCCAAGGCCCAGGUUCUCUUCUUCAUCGUCAUCAUGGUGUCAUUUGCCAGCUACAUCGUAGGAACCAUAAUUCCAGCAUCACCACAGAAACAAGCUAAAGGUUUCUUUAGCUACAAAGCUGAUAUCUUCGCUGCUAAUUUUGUUCCGGGCUGGCGAGGCUCCGACGGAAGCUUUUUUGGAAUGUUCUCCAUUUUCUUCCCAUCCGCCACAGGGAUUCUGGCAGGAGCCAACAUCUCUGGAGAUCUGAAGAAUCCAACAGUGGCCAUUCCACGGGGAACGCUCAUGGCCAUUUUCUGGACCACCUUUUCCUACCUCAUCAUCUCUGCCACCAUAGGGUCAUGUGUGGUACGUGAUGCAUCUGGUGCGUUGAAUGACACCAUGUUAUCGACCUCUGGUGACGACUGUGUAGGGUUAGCAUGUCGCUAUGGCUGGGACUUCAGUGAGUGCAUCAACAAUGGCACCUGCGCCUACGGCCUCAUCAACCACUAUCAGACCAUGAGCAUGGUGUCGGCCUUCUCUCCACUCAUCAGCGCUGGAAUCUUUGGAGCGACGCUCUCGUCGGCGUUAGCCUGUCUGGUGUCAGCGCCCAAGGUUUUCCAGUGUCUGUGUAAAGACAAACUCUACCCUCUCAUUGGAUUCUUCGGCAAAGGCUACGGAAAGAACAACGAGCCGCUGCGAGGAUACCUCCUGACCUACGUCAUCGCCGCUUGCUUCAUCCUCAUUGCUGAGUUGAACACCAUUGCUCCGAUCAUCUCCAACUUCUUCCUCUGCUCCUACUCCCUCAUCAACUUCAGCUGCUUCCACGCCUCCAUCACCAACUCCCCAGGCUGGCGUCCAUCCUUCAGGUUCUACAGUAAGUGGCUGUCACUCCUUGGCGCCCUCUGCUGUGUGGUCAUCAUGUUCCUGCUCACCUGGUGGGCCGCACUCAUCGCCUUUGGAGUGGUCUUCUUCCUCCUGGGCUACACCCUCUACAAAAAACCUGAUGUAAACUGGGGUUCUUCAGUCCAGGCCGGGUCCUACAACAUGGCCCUGAACCACUGUGUGAACCUCAACCAAAUCCAAGACCACGUCAAGAACUACAGACCUCAGUGUUUGGUUCUGACUGGUCCUCCUAGCCACCGUCCAGCUUUGGUGGAUCUGGUCCACAGUUUCACCAAAGGCCUCAGUCUGAUGAUGUGUUGCAACGUGGUCUCUGUUGGUUCUUCUUCAGGAGCGACACAGGAAGCCACCAGUGAGGGUCAUGUGGUCUGGUUGAACCAGAGGAAGGUCAGGUCCUUCUACAGAGGAGUGGUGGCACCAGAACUACGGUCAGGGGUGAACAUGCUGCUCCAGGGGACAGGGUUGGGUCGUAUCAGGCCGAAUGUCCUGAUGAUGGGUUUUAAAAAGGACUGGCGCCGGGACCCUCCUCAGGCUGCCCACGACUACAUUGGAAUAAUGCAUGACGCGUUUGACCUUCAGUUCGGUGUUUGUCUGCUGAGAAUGAAGGAAGGACUGGACACAUCUACGCCUCAGUCCCACAUAAAUCCAUGCUUUGAUGGAGGAUCAGAAAUCAUCACCACCGUCUCUGAAAUCAUCACAUCGAACGUCAAUCAAGAACUCCAGCCCAAAACGGUGUUUCAGAAGAAACAGGGAAAGAAGACCAUCGACAUCUACUGGUUGUCAGAUGAUGGAGGUCUGACUCUUCUUCUACCCUACUUGCUGACUCGUAGGAAGCGCUGGUCCAGGUGUAAAGUCAGAGUCUUCGUUGGAGGAGACGCCGAUAAAAAGGAGGAGCAAAGGGCAGAAGUCAUGGCGCUGAUAAAGAAGUUCCGUCUCGGUUUCAAAGAUGUCGAGGUUCUUACUGAUAUUUACCAGAGCCCUCAGCCGGGAAAUGUGCAUCAGUUUGAGAACAUGCUGAGUCCUUUCAGGUCUGAAACAAAACCCAAACAUGAUUUGGAUUCUGCGUCACAGAGUUCCGAAGAGGAACCAUGGACCAUCACAGAUCAGGAUUUAGAGAGGAAUUGGGCAAAGAGCCUCCGUCAGAUCCGUCUGAACGAGGUUCUGCAGGAGUUCUCCAGAGACGCAGCUCUGAUUGUCAUAACCAUGCCUGUAGCCAGGAGAGGGCGCUGUCCUACAACACUCUUCAUGGCCUGGCUGGAUUUCCUGUCACGUGACCUGAGAGCUCCAGUCCUGUUGGUCAGAGGAAACCAGGAGAAUGUUCUAACCUUUUACUGCCAGUGACUUCCCAUCGUCUGAUCCAUAGAAAUAUUUCAGUCAUUUAUCGUCUGUCUGGUCGCCUGUCUGAGAUCACAACAAAUCAUCUGGACUUGUUUCAAAGAUGCUGUGAUGUUUAAUAAAUCUGCUGUUUUUAAUUCA